CACCCGCUCAGACUCGCCGGCGGCCGAGAGCGACGAUGAAGAGGAGGAUGAGGAAGAAGAAGAGGAAGAGGAGGAGGAAGACGAGGAGGAGGAAGAAGAAGAGGAAGAGGAGGAGGAAGAAGAGGAGGAAGAGGAGCAGGAGGAGACCGAGGCGGGUGCCCCCGCCCCCGAGGACCCUUCCCCACCCCCCGGCACCCAAGAGCACCCAGGGGGACCCCUGCCCUCCGCCGCACCGCCCCCCACCGCCGCCCCCACCCCCAAGAAGGAGAUCACCGACAUCGCCGCCGCCGCCGAGAGCCUCCAACCCAAGGGUUACACCUUGGCCACCACCCAGGUGAAGACACCCAUCCCUCACCUGCUGCGGGGCACCCUGCGGGAGUACCAGCACAUCGGGUUGGACUGGUUGGUCACCAUGUACGAGAAGAAGCUCAACGGGAUCUUGGCCGACGAGAUGGGGUUGGGCAAGACCAUCCAGACCAUCUCCCUCCUGGCCCACCUCGCCUGCGAGAAGGGCAGCUGGGGCCCCCACCUCAUCAUCGUGCCCACCAGCGUGAUGCUCAACUGGGAGAUGGAGCUGAAACGCUGGUGCCCCAGCUUCAAGAUCCUCACCUACUACGGGGCGCAGAAGGAACGUAGGCUGAAGCGCCAGGGUUGGACCAAACCCAACGCCUUCCACGUCUGCAUCACCUCCUACAAGCUGGUCCUGCAGGACCACCAAGCUUUUCGGCGGAAGAACUGGAAGUACCUCAUCUUGGAUGAAGCCCAGAACAUCAAGAACUUCAAGUCUCAGCGUUGGCAGUCGCUGCUCAACUUCAACAGUCAACGCCGGCUGUUGCUGACGGGGACGCCGCUGCAGAACAGUCUGAUGGAGCUGUGGUCCCUGAUGCAUUUCCUGAUGCCCCGCGUCUUCCAAUCCCACCGGGAAUUCAAGGAAUGGUUCUCCAACCCCCUGACCGGGAUGAUCGAGGGUAGCCAGGAGUACAACGAGAGCCUCGUCAAGCGCCUCCACAAGGUGCUCCGCCCCUUCCUGCUGCGCCGGCUGAAGGUGGACGUGGAGAAGCAGAUGCCCAAGAAGUACGAGCACGUCCUCAAGUGCCGCCUCUCCAAGCGCCAGCGCUACCUCUACGAUGACUUCAUGGGCCAGGCCAGCACCAAGGCCACCCUGGCCAGCGGACACUUCAUGAGCGUCAUCAACGUGCUGAUGCAGCUCCGCAAGGUGUGCAACCACCCCGAUCUCUUCGAACCCCGACCCGUCCACUCGCCCUUCAUCACCGAGGGCAUCUGCUUCGUCACCGCUUCCCUCGUCCUCCGCGCCCUCGACCCCGAUCCCUUCAAGCACGUGGACAUGGGGCUGUUUGAUCUGGUGGCCCUGGAGGGCCGGGUGUCCCGCUACGCCGCCGACACCUUCUUGCCCCGCUGGCGGGUGACACGUCGCCUGGUCGAGGACGUCGCCGCCGCCCCCGACCCCCCACCGCGCCCCAAACCCGUCCGCAUGAAAGUCAACCGGAUGCUGCAGCCGGUGCCGAAGGCGGAGAACCGGGCGGUGCUGCUGCUCAACAGCCCCCGCCCCGGGGGGGGGGCACCCAGUGCCCCUGGGGGUGCUGCCGCUCGGCCCCGCCCCCCCCCCUGCUGGCCACGCCCCUCCACCACCUGGCCACGCCCCUCCACCGCCUGGCACGCCCCUCCACCGCCUGGCCACGCCCCCCAGCCUGCUGGCCACGCCCCCUUGCUGGUUGCCCCCGCCCCCAGUGGAGUGACGCUGGGCCCCGCCCUCUUAGCCCCCGCCCCUCCUGCCCCGGCUCCUCCCACUGUAGGCCCCGCCCCUACCAGUGGGGCUCCGCCCCCUCCUCCUGCUGCUGCUGCUGCUGCCCCUUUGCUGCCCCCCGGGGGGGCGGGGCUGGGGCUGGGGCUGGGAUUGGCCCUGGCGGCCCCAGCCCGGCCCCCUCCCACCCUGUUGCCUGCGUUGGCUCCGCCCACCACUGGCUCCACCCACGCCCUGCCUCCUGCUCCUCUGGUCUCUCCCCCCGCAGCGGGAGCCCCCCGACCCCCCCAACCCCCCCCUACCCCAACCCUGGGGGGCAAGGGGGGGCCCCCCCUGGCUGCCUACGCCCUGCCCGGCCCCGGCCCCCAGCGCCUCCUGCUCGCCCCCGACAUGCAGGCCCGUCUGCCCUCCGGCGAGGUGGUGAGCAUCGGGCAGCUGGCAGCGCUGGCCCAGCGACCUGGGGGGACCCCGGGGGGGGCGACGCCGGGGGGGGCCAAACCCCUCACCCGGCAGCUCCAGGGGAGCAAACUCACCCUGGCCGCCCCGCUGCGGCACCUGGCCCUCGCCCCCCCUCGCGGCCUCCCACGGAACGUGGUGCAUUUGGUGGCAGCUGGGGGGCAGCACCCGCUCCUGGGCCCCCCCGCCCAGGUCACCCUGCUGGCACCCGUCGCCCCCCCGGCCCCCACGGGGGGGCCACCCGCUGGGACCCCCCCCCAGCCCCCCACCAUCAGCCUCCCAUCGCCACCGCCAAGAUCGUGGUGCGUCAGGCACCCCGCGACGGGCUGGCGGCACCCCCGGCGCCCCCCCCGGCACCCCCACCCGCACCCCGACCCCCCGCGCCACCCCCGGGGCGGCCCCUGCUGCGGGUGCUGCCCGCGCCCCCCCCCCGCCGGGCCCCCGACCGCCGGCGCCGCGACCGCCGCCGGACCCGAACUGAUGGCACCCACAGCACCCACCGCCCCCCCUCCCGCCGCUGCCGCCGCCGCCCCCCUGGGGGCCCCCCCGGCCCCCCCCGCCGCUGCCCCCCCUCGAGAGGAACCCGAGGGGCCGGGGGGGCCCAGCCCCCCCCCAGCACCCACCCCACCCCGGCCGCCCCCCCGCCGCCAGCCCCCACCCCCUCCGCGCUCCCCCUUCUACCUGGAGUCCCUGGAGGCGAAGCGGGGGAGGGGCCGCGCGGAGCGGCUGGAGCGGCUGCUGCGGCUGAACGAGCUGCGCUGCGGGCUGGCCCCCGUCUACGGCAGCGAAGUUUUGGGGCUCUGCACCCGGCCCCCCCCCCACGCCCCCCCCGGGGGGAGCCCUGGUCGAGCCGUCCUCGCCCCCCCGCAACGCCUGCGCCAGCUCCAGCCCCUCCUGGACAGGUUCAUCUUCGUGCUGCCGCCGGUGGAGGCGCGGGGGGUGGCCCUGCACAGCUGCCGCCCCCCACCCUGGCGCCUGCGCCAACGGGCGCAGCUGGAGCAGCGGCUGCGGGAGGAGCUGGCGCCCCGCGGGCGAGCGUUGCACCGGGUGCUGCGCAGCAUGCGCACCCACUUCCCCGACCUGCGCCUCAUCCAGUACGACUGCGGGAAGCUGCAGACGCUGGACGUGCUGCUGCGGCGCCUGAAGGCGGGGGCCCACCGCGUCCUCAUCUUCACCCAGAUGACCCGGAUGCUCGACGUCCUCGAGCGCUUCCUCACCUACCACGGCCACAUCUACCUGCGCCUGGACGGCAGCACCCGCGUCGAGCAGCGCCAGGCCCUGAUGGAGCGUUUCAACGCCGACAAGCGCAUCUUCUGCUUCAUCCUCUCGACCCGCAGCGGCGGUGUCGGCGUCAACCUGGCAGGUGCCGACACCGUCGUCUUCUACGACAGCGACUGGAAUCCCACCAUGGAUGCCCAGGCCCAGGACCGGUGCCACCGCAUCGGCCAGACCCGUGACGUCCACAUCUACCGGCUCAUCAGCGAGAGGACAGUGGAGGAGAACAUCCUCAAGAAGGCCAACCAGAAGAGGAUGCUGGGAGAUAUGGCCAUCGAGGGGGGGAAUUUCACCACCGCCUACUUCAAGCAGCAAACGAUCCGGGAGCUCUUCGACAUGGCGCCGGAGGAACCGGGGCGCCGGGAGCCGGACAGGGACAAGGAGAAGGACAAGGAACGGGACAAGGACAAGGACGGGGACAUCCCCCCCGAUGAGGACGAGGACCCGGCGGCCACCCGACGCACCCACAUCCUCGAGCAGGCACUUUGCGGGGCGGAGGACCCCGAGGACAUCCGGGCGGCCUCGCAGGCGCAGGCGGAGCGGGUGGCAGCGUUGGCCGAGUUCAGCGAGAGCCUCAGCCCCGAGGAAGAGCGAGGUGGCCCUGAGCCCGAGGAAGAGCUCUCCAAGGCCGAGCAGGAGAUCGCCGCCCUGGUCGAGCAGCUGACGCCCAUUGAGCGCUACGCCAUGAAUUUCCUGGAGGCGUCGCUGGAGGACGUCAGCCGGGAGGAGCUGAAGCAGGCGGAGGAGCAGGUGGAAGCGGCGCGGAAGGACAUCGACCAGGCCAAGGGGGGUGGGCGCUUCCGCCUGCCCCCCCAGGAGGAGGAGGAGGAGGAGGCGGCCGCCGCCCCAGGGGGUGACGAAGGCCCUGGGGGACCCCGACGGCCCCGACGGGUGCGGGGUCCCACCCGGCCCCUCCCCGAGCGCCCCGGCACCCGCGCCAGCCAGCGCCUGCGCGCCGCCGGGACGGCCAACCGGGCCCCGCCGGCGUCCCCGCGGGUGACACCUCCGUCCCCGCGGGCCCCCCCGACCUCCCCGCGGGCGACGCCAACAUUGCCCCGGGCGACGCCGACGUCGCCGCGGGCCGCCCCCACGUCGCCGCGGACGCCGCCGACGUCCCCCCGCGGGGCGGGGACGUCCCCCCGACGGUCCCCGGCACCUCCAGCCACGGCCACCCUGGUGACGUCGCAAGCCAACGCUGUGACGACACAAGCAGCCCCGGUGACGUCACAAGCGAACACGGUGACGUCGCACGCUGCCCCGGUGACGUCACAUGCGGACCCACUCCUGCCCGCUGCCCCUGUGACGUCGCAAGCGAUCCCGGUGUCGUCGCAGCCGGCCACGGUGAUGUCACAAACAUCCCCGGUGAUGUCACAAACACCCCCGGUGACAUUGCAGUUGGCGCCAGUGACAUCACAACCGCUCCCGUUGACGUCGCAACCAGCCCCGGCAGCUGCCAAAGCAGCCGCUGUGACGCCGCAACCGCCCCCGGUCCCAUCCCAGGCGCCGGUGACGCCCAGCACCCCACCGCCAACGUCGCACCCGGCACCGGUGACAUCACAAGUGGUGCUGCUGACAUCACAGCCAGCACCGGCACCAUCCCAGGUGACUCUCCCGCCAUCCCAGGCGGCGCCGGCGCAACCGGACGCAUCGCCGCCAACGUUGGCCACGCCGCCCGCGCCGUCACCACCGGCCCCGGCACCCUCGGAAGCGUCGCCGGUGACACCGGAGGGGCCGGUGGAAACGCCGGCGAGUGGGGCGGGACUGGGCGGGGCCGGGCGGGGUCCCCGCCGCCGCCGCAGCGCCGACGUGGAGAUCCGGCAGAGCCGGGGACCGGGGCCGGCGGCCAAGGUGCUGCGGCAGCUGCCGGGGCGUUUGGUCACAGUGCUGGAGACCCCCGUCCCGGGGCGACCCCGGCGUCGCCGCCACGACCCCCCCGGCGCCAGCCCCAGCCCUGGCGCCAGCCCUGGCCCCCCAAAACGUCGCCGGGGGCGUCCCCCCAAACGCCGGGGGGGGCCGCGUCGCCGCCACCACCACGAGCCUCCCAGCAAACGGCGGCGGGGGCGGCCGGCUCGGGGGGGAUCAGUGGCCACAGGGGCCCCCCAAAGCCCCGGCAAACGGCGGCGGGGGCGGCCCCCCAAGCGUGCGUCCCCCGACAGCAGCGCCUCGCCCCCCCCGGCACCCCGCAGCACCCGCCGGCACCCCGGGGCCCCCCUCAUGGCUCCCCUGGAGCGGGAGCCGGGCCGACGGCGGCGGCGUUCUCCCCCGCCUUCCUCGGAGGAGGGGGGGAGCGGGGACGAGGGGGGGCGGCGGCGGCCCCCCCCAGCCAAACGGCGCCGGAGGGGGGGCGGGGGGGCUCCCCGGCACUGUCGGCGGCGGCCUCCACCGCCGACGCGGCGUGGGCGGCAGCGGCGGCGGCAGCAGCCCCCCCGGCGCUGCACAGCCCCUCCCGCCGCCAACACCCGCUCAGCCGCUGCUGCCCCCACCCCGUCCGGGGGUCCGCCAGCACCCCCCGACACCCCCUCGGCGGUGGCAGCGGCCGUCCGCGGCCGCAAGGCCAAGACGUGACCCCCCCGGC